ACUUCAACAAGAGAAAGAAAAGGAAGCUGGAUUGGAGGAGUCUAAGUCAAGCAUAAAUACAUCUGGGACUAUGAGGGCCAAUCCUUCCAUUUAUAAAACAGGCAUGGAUUCAAAAGCACCUGAGACACGCAAGGCUAUCCCUGCUGCUUCAGGUGGCAAACUUGCAUUCAGCUUGAAACAGAAAUCUAAACUUGCGGCAGCCCCUGUUAAGUUGGGUGCUGAUGAGGAUGAAGAUGAAGGGGAUGCAGAAAAUGGGUCAGUAGAUGGACCGCCAAAGCGGCAGAAGUUGGAUCAACCUAAUGCAUCUGUUCCAUUGCCAUGUAAAGGGGAUGUUGCUUAUGUCUUAAGUCUCUAUCGACCUUGGUGGAAAGAGAUGUUGAAUGAAAGAAUUGAAAAAUGUGGCACACCCUGCUACAAGAGUAAUUUGCAUUCCCCUGUUCAUGCUCUUGGUAUUAAUCAGUUCUUUAAGUGACAUGCAGCACCACCUUCCCCAAGCGAUCCUGGAGUGAAGAAAGUUGCAGACAAAUUAGCAAGUUUUGUAGCAAAAAAUGGAAGGCAGUUUGAGCACAUUACUCGUCAAAGAAAUCCUGGAGAUACACCUUUUAAGUAAGUUUCCUAU